AUGACUAUGGGCGAGUUUAUUAAUAUUUAUAGAAUGAACCAGUGUUUAUGGAAUAACAGAAGUAAAGAGUAUACCGAUAAAAAAUUGCGAAAUAAAGCGUACGAAGAACUUCUACAAAAAUGUAAAGAAUCAUAUCCAGCUGCCAAUAAAGAGUUUGUGAUUAAAAAGAUUCAUACUUUGCGAUGCAGUUUUCGAAGAGAACUAAGGAAAAUUCGAAGAUCAAAGGCAAGUGGUUGUUCAACCGAAGAUCUGUAUGUACCAAGUUUAUGGUAUUAUGACUUAAUGAAGUUCAUCACAGGCUGUGAAGUACGACAUAGAGGAGUAUCAAAGUUUGAUGAUGAAAAAGAGGAAAAUGAAUCAGUGAAAAAUGAUAUUCAAAACGAAGAUAGCGAAGAUAGCAACACUGUGUCAGAAACUCCUUCCACUAACUGUAAACAAAAAAGUAAUGUUGAACAAGAUUUGUCGUCAAUAGCCACUAUACCCUUACAGCAACAUAAUGUAGCUGAAGCAAUAAAAAAUCAAAUUGAUGAUAAAUUUGAUGUUAUGGGGAAAAAAAUUGCAUUUGAUUUGAGAUGUAUUGAUCAACAUCAACUAAUUAUUGCUGAAAAAUUAAUUAGUGACACAAUUUAUUAUGCAAAACUAGGCAGACUGAACGAAAAUGCAACUAUAACUGUUCCACAAAAACAUCAAAUGCCUUAUUCAACAAAUCUUCGACAGAAUGUUUCCUCUUAUAAAGGGUGA